AUGUCCUCGUCGUCGCGCAAGAUCUCCUCCGAGUCGUUCAGCAGCUCGGUGGGCUCGGACUGCGGGCUCGAGAGCCCCGGCGGGGACGCGGGGGACGGCGGUCCUGAGCCGGGGGAAGAGAGCCGCGGCUGCCCCUUCUCCUCCUUCCACUCUGCCCCCAGGGCGGUGAUCUGGAACGGCCGCAGCCUCGCCGAGAGGCCGGCGUGCCCGGCGGGCGAGGAGCAGCAACUGGGACCCGGCGGGCCGCACAAGAGGGUGACCAGGAGGAGACGGGUGAACCUGGACUCGCUGGGGGAGAGCCUCCGCCGGCUGACCUCACCCACGACGCCGAUGGUUCAGGAGGCUCUGCAGAGAACUCUACAAUUCUACAGACAACAAGAGAUCAGGUGUCAGGAGGUCUCGAGUGAAGAGCGGCGACGAGAGAAGAAAGAGGAGAAGUGCCCGUUUCUAGAAAACUCGGGUUCCGAGGAAGAUGUCUUACAAAUCCUACAGUACAUGGCUACCAUACUGGGAUUACCAUUCUGUGAGCUGCGGGAACAUUUUGGAGAGGAGUUCUUCAGCCUCUGCUUUGAGGAAAAUGAACGAGUGCUACGGGCUGUAGGUGGUAACCUCCAGGAUUUCUUCAACGGCUUUGACGCCAUUUUAGAACACAUUCGAACCUCCACAGGACGUCGGGCCUCAUCGGAGAGCCCCUCCUUCCAGUGCAAGGAUCCCCAUGAGGAGGAGAAAGGGAGAAGAAAGUUGGACAACGCUGUAGAGCGAGGAGAUGGACAGGGAAAGGUGUUGCUACUUCACUGUUUCAACCCAGCUCCUGUUGUUGGAUUGGUCAUGCCAGGGUUGAUCAGAGCAGUCGCCAGGCGGAUCUUUCAUUCAGAGGUUGAGGUGGAGGAAGUGCCACCACUAACUCCUUUAUUACCCAAUGAAGAUACAGAACACCCCGACGGCGACUCUACAACCCCGACUCCAACUGCGUCCCCCACUGCCUCACCCACCUCGUCUCCGUCCCCUCCCUCCCCUUUUCCAACCUCUGUCCCCACUGUGUGUCUGUCCUUCCAAAUCCAAGAGACACGCCCUCCUUCCCUGUCCUCCCUCCCCAAUGCUGCUUCAGUGAGCAGGCCUCCCCUCUCUCUGUCCACCAACCCCAGCGACCUGCGCAUCGCCAUGGCCACGUUCUGCCGUGCCUUUCCGUUCCACCUCGUCCUGGGGCCUCGCAUGGAGCUACUGCAGCUUGGAGAAGGACUGAGGCGACAGGCUCGCCUAGAGCCUCACCGGAACCUCUCCUUCAGGGAAUGUUUUGAGAUUGUUUCGCCCAAGAUGGAGCCUUCGUUCCAGGGCAUCCUGCUGAGGCUUGCCUCCCCGUUUACCAUCCGCACCAGGCCUGACGCCUCACAGACUGGUACCAAGGAGAAGGUCAUGGAACUGAAGGGUCAGAUGAUCCACGUGCCGGAGUCCAGCUCGCUGAUGUUUCUGGGCUCGCCACGUGUCGAUAAGCUGGAGGAGCUGAUGGGCAGGGGACUCUAUCUGUCAGACAUCCCCAUCCAUGAUGCCACACGGGACGUUAUCCUGGUGGGGGAGCAGGCUAAAGCCCAGGAUGGACUGAAGAAGAGAAUGGACAAACUUAAGGCCACAUUAGAAAGAACUCACCUGGCACUGGAGGAGGAGAAGAGGAGAACUGUGGAUCUCCUUUACUCCAUAUUUCCAGGUGACGUGGCACAGAAACUGUGGCAGGGUCAGCCGGUGCCCGCUCGCAAAUUCGAUGAUGUCACCAUGCUGUUCUCGGACAUCGUGGGCUUUACUGCCGUGUGCGCCCAGUGCACGCCCAUGCAGGUCAUCUCCAUGUUGAACGAGCUUUACACGCGCUUCGACUACCAAUGCGGCAUUCUGGAUGUUUAUAAGAUCGAGACAAUAGGUGACGCGUACUGUGUAGCAGUAGGACUUCACAAGAAGGUCGACAGUCACGCCAAACCAAUCGCACACAUGGCCCUGAAGAUGAUGGAACUUUCCGAGGAAGUGCUGACACCCGACGGGAAACCCAUCAAGCUGAGGAUAGGUAUCCACACAGGCUCAGUGCUGGCAGGCGUGGUCGGGGUUAGAAUGCCACGUUACUGCCUGUUUGGGAACAAUGUGACACUUGCCAGCAAGUUUGAAUCGGGGAGCCACCCGAGGUGUAUUAAUGUUAGUCCCACGACUUACCAGUUGCUGAAGGAUGACCGUUCCUUUUCGUUCAUCCCUCGCUCACGGUCGGAGCUCCCUGAUAAUUUCCCCAAAGACAUCCCAGGGAUGUGUUACUUCCUGGAGGCAGGGACGUCUCACAGCCAUGCGUCGCUGACCAGCUCCCGCUCUGCUCCCCCAGCCUCUAUGAGGAAAGUCUCCUAUAGUAUCGGGACCAUGUUUCUAAGAGAAACAAGUUUGUAGGCCUCGUACACAGACUGGGGUGCGCAGGUAUUCAGUAUGCGAGAGGCUGGAUUUGGACAUGCGGAACACGCAGUGGAUCGAUCGCUCGGAUCUUUGGAUAUGCAAUAUGCAUAACAUAAAGACUUGGAUUCAGGCCUGUGGGACGGCCUGUGUGAACUUAAAAAAACAUGCCCUCAUAUCCCCCUGUGAGAGGGAGACAUGGUUCAAAAGACUUGAGUCGCAGCAACCUGGAGCCUUCCCCAGGGAAGUGUACUGAUUAGUGGAGAAACCUUAAAAUAAAACUUGGUGUCCAGCUGGAUUCCUCGGCUUCAUAUGUGGUGUCCAGCUCUCUCCAGUGGUCCUCUCUCCUAAAUGCUACCAGUACUUGGAUCUAAAGCUUGGAAAACAACCUGGAGAGACACCAUUUACAUGACGAGUGUUGCAAAUCAUUAACGUUGGAACAAAGCGGACGCUGAGGAACGAAGUUGUUCCGGACAUAUGGUAGAUAACAACAUGGCUUCUUGUAUGAGGAUGACCACUGCUGACGAACACUACAGCUCCCCUUACUCGCCUUCCAACUGUCCCUAAAUCAUUUCAUGCUUUACUAAUCAUGCUCCUAACAUCUGCUGCUUGUUACACCCAUCCGCCAACCUAGGACCAGGAGCGGAGAGAGACUAACGAGAGGCAUGUUUAAGGAGAUAGAUUUGAAAAAAGGUCAUUAAAGGAUCAAUGCCAAAAAAACACACAAAACAACUAAUGCUGAUCUUGAGAGCCUUUUCUGCUUCUAACCCACAGCAAACUGUAACCAACAAUGACCCAGCCAUUUCAUUGCAGGUAAUAUGUUUAGGACUGAAAAUUAUUCCCAGCUCAGUGCCUUUUUUACUGCUCAAAUCAGGACUUAAACAAUAUGGAUUAAUUUGUAAUAUUUGAAACGGAAAAAAGAAGAAGGAGCGCUUCAAAUAUUUUGCGGUUCCCAGAGAAUGCGUCUACGUGUGAUUAGCUACACAGGAGAGUCAUGGAUUUGUAUGAGUGAAUGUUAUGUGCCAAACUUUAUGAGCCACAUUUAAACCCUUGAUCUUGCAAGUCACUGGUACCUUAUCCCAGCAACCUACUGGGAAUCCCAACAAGCUGUGCAUUUUAUUUUGACACAGUCAUCGUUACUAUUAUUGAGUAGCAACAUAAAUCAAGCGCUCCUCAAAGUGUUCAAUAUUUGAAAUUCGAUCCAUCUGUUUUAGUCCAGAUCAACCAAUAAUACACACAAUAUAGUACUAAUAAUACAGUACUAUACUAACUUGUACAUGUAGUCACAGUAUGCACGCUUGACACGGCUCACAUUCACAAGUAUAAUCUUUUUUAAUUGCAUUGUUUUUUACCACAUGGAUACAAAAAAAGCAUAUACCAACCCCUUGCAAAUAUAACAGGAUUCAAAAUUCAAGUCUACUGGUUUAUUGGUAGAAUGAAGAUGACUUAAUCACCAUAGAAAUUACAAGCUUUUCAAAUACUUCAGCGUAGCUAAGUAUCCGACACACUGGCCAAAAAAAUCAAGUUUUUGAAGGGUUAAAGUUGUCUUUGAAUAUUGUACCGAAUUGCCCACUUGGGUAAAUAUUUAAUGUAACUUGCUUUACAUUGCUUCAAAAGUGAAGUACAAAUCAAAUUUCAAUACCAGAGUUCGAAUGAGCAGUUUACAGGCUGACAGAAAGUUAUAUUACAAUUUUAAAUGUUUAAUGAAAUGUUUAUAUCAUCAAAAGAGGUACACAGAGAGUUUUGAACAUAACCUAAAUCUAACUUGUUGUUGAUGACUAAAUCAUAAUAGAUAGACAAAUAUUUAAUUAAUUCAAAUGAUUGAUUAAAAUGGCAGUAAAACCCUUUUGAGAGUGUGAGACAUGAAGAACAUGUUGCCAUUUGACUACAUUUUUCCAAAUUACUUGCUGGUUGCUGAGCCUCUAAAAGAUAUCAUGUUGCCGGUAGAGAAAACCCUUUGUCAACCCACUGAUCCGAGGUGGCAAAAUGAUCAUUGUUUGCUAGCUUAACACAUCAUAGCAGGAAAACAUCAGACAGGUAAUUUACUUCUGACACAAAAACUAAAGCCCAACAACAGCUGAACGUUUCACACCCUAAAGAGCGUUGUGUCCGCGAACUGAGACACCAGCACUUCAAUUUGCAAAUAUAAGAGGGAAUUGUAGGGGAGAUAGAGAAGUCAAAAUGAUCUGCCAUUGUGAGGAAGUAUAAUCGUCACUUAAAAAUAAAGAAAAUCGGAUUUUUUGAGAAUCAAGCUAUGAUAUUAUGAGAAUAAAGUUGUUAUAUAACGAGGAAUCUAAAUGUGUAAUUUUACAGUAUAGUUGUUAUAUUACGAGAGAAUGAAGUGAUACUGUUAUGAGGAUAAUAUUGUAAGAGAGAUAAAUAGAUGGAAAUUUAGGCUUUACUCUCAUAAUGUUAUGAUUUAUUUAUUCAAAAUUAUAUCUAUAUUCUUGUAAUAUUACAAAUUUACUCUCUUCGUAUUAGGACUUUAUUUCCCUUGUAAUAUUACAACUAUAUUCUCAUAAUCUUAUUUCUUUAUUUUCCGUUGUAUUACUACAUUAUUUUCUCAUUUCUGGUUCUUUGAUAUAGCCCGACUACUUCCUCAUACAACCAGAAGUUGGUUCACUAUUGAUUAGAUCAGACGAUUUCGAUUUAUUUAUCAGAUAGCAUCAAACAGUAGCAUCAAAACGCUUUCACUUUUACAUCACAUGCUCUUUGAAGAUCUUGCUAGCGAUGAAAACAGACAGCUUUGCUAACAAAGAAAACAAAUAUAUUUUUGAGAAUAUUUUUUCAUGUACCCAUACAUACUCAUAAUCCCAUAAACAAAAAUAAGUCAAAUCCAAUAUUUAGUUGUUUCCUAUGGCUUAAAGUAUACUAUGCAUUAUAGAAUUAACAAUGGACAAGUCAAUAAAUGCACCUGAAGAUAAAUCCAGUCAGUCUUUAGCUUAAAUUUAUCAGGAAUUGUGCCAGAAAUCAAAUGUGUGCAAUACAUCUUAACCAGGUUACAUCGUUUUGUGGGCCAACCUUGACAUUUUAAGCCAAGGGAUUGAAUCUGUCAUCAUCUCAGAAAAAAAAAAAUGCUUUGUGGGUGUUGCGAAGCCCAAGGAAAGCAACGGCUAAACACAAGUCCAGAAGCCAGAAAAAUAAAUCCCGCUAGCUACCGAGGAAACUGAAAGUAGAUCAUACAAGUCUCAUGCGCAUAACCUAUUCACAACCAUGAGGUAAAAUGAGGUGUAGCUGCAGGAGGCAUACUUUUGGGCCAGUGACGUCUGUGAAAAAUGUUGCGGUGCGGAAAAAGGAUGAACAUUUUGUGUACACCAGGUUGUCUUGUUUACUUCACUGCGGAUCAGAGCUGAGGCCAUCUGGCUUCACAAACCUGAAGUCUUUACGUAGUUGUUUGCUGCGAUAUUUAAAAACUUGUAUAUAUAACCUUAAAGGCAAGUGGCAACUCAAAAACGUAAUCAUUAGAUUAUUUUUAGAGGAGGCUCCAUUUGAUGAAAGCAGAAUCAUUUGAAUCCUUUGCAGCAACAGAGACAAGUUCCUGAGACCAAAACGUUCAGUAACAUUGAUACUUUUUGUGCUAAUAUAGAGAGCCAGAAUUUGCAUCACCCACCUGUGACAUCAAAAGUAGCUGAUCAUAAGGUAAUAGAAUAAUUGCCCCUUAUUAAUGUGGAUUAAACCAGAAAUACAUGGUAGGUAGCAAUUGGAAAUUAUUGUGGAAGAUGCAUAGCAACAGAGCUUCAUAUCCACAUUCUGAAGAAAAGAAUAGUUAUUAUACAAGAUUAUUGAAGAAUGAUGAGUACGUGCAAGAUAAUGUGAACAGUGAUAGCCAUCAUUGCUAUAUUUGGCUGCCAUUAAAAGACUUGAAUUAAAUCAACAUUUUUCAUAAACAAUUGCAAAACAUGUUAAAUAUACAGUGGGAUAAAUGGAGCAUGGGCACUACUAUUUUCUUCCGUCUGACAGAAAGGGCAGAAUUUCCUGUAGGUCCUAACACAGUAGAGUAGGUGAAGCAGUCUUAAGUGUAUUUGACAGUUGAGCCUGCGGGGUUGGUCUUUUUUCCGAGGGAUGAUUUCCUAUAUAGAGUGUGCUCUCCAGCUGUCACCCUGGUACCAUUCUACACAGCAUACAUGCAUUAAUGUGUACGUUAUAAAUCUGCUGUAGCAUAAAUCUAGUGCAGGUGUCAUUUACACUCAACUUCAGCUGGUGUCUGAUUUCUGCAUCUAGGCUAAAUAAAGGAUGGUACAGCAGCGUUACGCCCACUCAACUUGUGUCCAAUGCUCAUGUCUCCAAGUGUGUAAAAAUCCUGGCGUAAGAUUAGACAUUUGGUCAAAGCUUUCACAUCUAUGCUGAUGCGGAGGUGUUGCAGUU